AAAAAGUUGUAAAUCUCUCUUCUACAUCUUCUUCCGAUUUGGAACGAAGCAAGCAUUACACAGUGGUAUCUCUGACUAAAUUAUAAGUCGCUGAGUAAGUCUUGCUGUUACUCGUUCAUCAUCUUCUUCCCUCCGGAAUCCUGGGAAGACUGAAGUCAAUCCAAAGUCUCCUUCGCUAAUGCUAAACUAGAUUCGCGCUAUUCUUCCAAAUCCGAGAUUCUAUUUUUUCUUUUCUCGGAUUAUCAUAUCAUAUCGAGAUUUGCGUUUCCAUGGAAUCUGUUGCGCGCGGGAUACUUGAGUGUAUCGAACAGCUGUGUUGAAUUUGUUCGAUCUACUUGGUGUUGUUGUGACUAUCGAACAACUAGCAUCUACGGGUGGUUUAUUAGCUUUGCUUUUGAGAUGGCAAAGAUGAUAAACAAGACGCUUGUACUAACCUAUAUCUACUUACUCAUCUACGUUCUACUCUCCUCUGGAGUCAUUCUUUACAACAAGUGGGUUCUAUCUCCCAAAUACUUCAACUUUCCACUUCCUAUUACAUUGACUAUGAUCCAUAUGGGAUUCUGUGGAUUUGUCGCCUUCCUUCUUAUUCGAGUAUUCAAGGUUGUCUCUCCUGUUAAAAUGACAUUCGAAAUAUACGUGACCUGUGUGGUGCCUAUUAGCGCAUUCUUUGCAUCCAGCCUCUGGUUUGGAAACACUGCAUAUUUGCACAUUUCAGUUGCCUUCAUACAGAUGCUCAAAGCACUAAUGCCUGUAGCAACAUUUAUCAUGGCCGUUGUUUGUGGCACUGACAACGCAAGGUGCGACGUGUUCAUGAACAUGCUGCUCGUCAGUGUUGGAGUUGUGAUAUCCUCCUAUGGAGAAAUUAAUUUCAACAUAAUUGGGACGGUCUACCAGGUCAUGGGGAUAUUUGCUGAAGCACUAAGACUGGUGCUAACUCAAGUUCUUCUUCAGAAAAAGGGCUUGAUAUUAAACCCGGUCACAAGCUUAUACUAUAUAGCUCCCUGCAGCUUUGUUUUCCUGUCCUUACCUUGGUAUGUACUGGAGAAACCGAACAUAGAAGUCUCGCAGAUCCAAUUCAACUUCUGGAUAUUUUUCUCAAACGCUCUGUGCGCACUUGCCUUGAACUUCUCCAUAUUCUUAGUAAUCGGACGAACAGGAGCAGUAACCAUGAGGGUUGCUGGCGUUCUCAAAGACUGGAUUCUCAUAGCCCUCUCCACUGUCAUAUUUCCCGAGUCCACAAUCACUGGUCUGAACAUUAUUGGAUACGCAAUAGCCCUAUGUGGGGUCGUAAUGUACAAUUACAUAAAAAUCAAGGAUGUGAAAGCGACUCAACCAAUCACUGAUAGCCUCCCAGAUCGAAUCACAAAGGAUUGGAAGGAGAAGAGGUCGUUGGAUGGUGAGAGCCCCCGAGGAGGAGUAGAGCUCAAUGAUGAGGAAGCUCCUUUGAUAACGUCUUCACGGUUGUCACACAUCGGGCGGACACAGCUCGGAAGCCACACUGCUGUCUGAGCAACGUACAGAUGAGACUGAGACAGACACAUAUGCUGUCUCACUUCUCAGGUGAAAAUGUCCUUUUAUCUGUUUUGGAAUUCAAACAUUUUCUAAAUAGAAUUUUACCUCUGGAUAACAACAUUAAAAAAAAACACACAGAAUUGGCAAAAAUAUUUGUAAGGUCUCUGAAAGUUAUAAAUGUUUUUUUCACCACAUAUUAGCUCAGGGACCCCCUCUUGGUCUUUAUGAUACAAACAGUUCUUGACUUCUGAAUGUGUAACCCCCUUGAUUUGAUUUGAAUUUUACAUUUCUUCUUCUA